AUGAUUUUAUUAUUUUGUUGCCUUUCAGACGAGGAUGUUAACUUUCCGGCUAGCGAGCUUAACAAUCACGGACCUACUGUUCACGGAUGGCGGAGUGCUCCGGACGGCAGCCUCACCUCACAUGACAUUAUCCUCCGUUUCCAGCAGCCCGCCAAGAUCUAUCGAAUCCAACUUCUGGCCCACCAGUAUCUAAUACCUGAGAAAGUAGAGCUCUGGCUGCAUUACUCGCCAAAAUCCCUGCCCAGCACUCCUUCCUCGCAAUACUUUGACUUUUUGGGUUUCGUUGCUUUGGCGGACAAUGCAAACACAAACUAUAAGUCCCGGGAGCUGCAGAGCGUUACCGUGUGUCCCCGCCGUGGCACACAUCUUAAAUUGCGUCUUAUUGGAGUACAAGGCAAUGACUACAAUGGUACCGGUCAGAUAUCCCUUUUAGCAGUGAAUGUCCUGGGUGAGGAAUUAGAAGUAGGGCCAAACAAUGGAAACGGUGAGGAACACUUGGUCAGCGAAGCCCCACCACUGGACACAGCCACUGGUGAACUGGCCCUUGCGUCAAUCUGCGACGACCUGCUUUUCUCAAUGUACGUUGAGGAGUCCAUUGUACAGUCCAUCCGGGAGCUGGAGCAACGAAAGGUUUUGGCCGUGAGCGCAGAGCGAUUCGAGUACGCCCGCAAGCUAAAACUUUGCAUGACGGCUUUAAGGACUGCCGGUGAGCGUUUGGGACGCUAUGCUCUUGCCAAGCGACAAGCUGUCCAGCAGGAAGAUUUUACCACGGCAAGACUGCGAAAGGAGCAGAUCGAAAUGUACCGCGCGGCAGUUCUUCGACAAUUGCAGGUUCAUCAGUUGCUGGAACCGCAAGGCGUGGCUUUGAUUUCCAAUGACCAGAGUUGCGAGAUCUAUGCUGGUGGUAAGCCUAGUUUGCCGGCGGCCCCAAGCUUGCAGGAUGUGGCCCAGGCACUAGCUGAAGCCACUUUUAGUCCUAAGAGUCUGACCAGUCUAAGCUUGGAUGACAAAUCCUCUACAGAUGGCUCCCAGGGACAACCUGGUAAUGAUAAUGUGGUGACAGCUCCCACAACGGCGCCCGCGCCCUCUUCCCUGCAGGCCACGCCUACCCCCACACUUGGUGGUUGGCGCAAGUCCCACGAUGAGCUGCCCCAGUCGCCGCGGCUGCCCUCCAGACACAGUUCACCCAUGUCCAGCCGACAGGGGUCGCUGCGCAGGCGCAACAAAAGCGUUCCGCGAAAUUCCUACGAGGAUUACGAGGAGCGGGCUAUUCCCACGUUGCGACAGGAAUGCCAAGGCAACGCCCUACUGGAAGCAGAUCCAAACCGGGGACGCUCGCGUCUGAAUGAUCGCGAACGUCGCCAGGCAGCCCUACCCAUACUGGUCUUUGGCAGUGAGCUGGUGGAGCAGUUCUAUUCCCGUCAGUUUCAGGAUCGAGAGGACGGCCUGCUGCGUCUGCGCAACUUCCUAAAGGAGCAUGACUUGGCAGAGGGUUCGGGUAACGAACACGCCGCCAGUCCCAACAAAGUGGCACGCAGCGCAGCUCUGUUGCUUCAUCGUGCUGUGAGGGACGCUGUUUAUUCCGUGUUUGGGCAGGCCACGGAGACAGUGCGCAUGCUGUUCCUGGAGUACGUGCCCGGACGCGUUUCACCCAACGAGGUGGCACGUUGUGUGGAUCGCCUUCUGCCUGAAUUGCUGGCUAAGUCCGGCGAUCCAUCUGCUCGAUUGCAUACUCUGGCUCAACACACGAUCCUCAGCAUCGCCGCUUGUCCAGAGGUGGCAGAACAACAUCUGGUUGCCCCGGCACUAUCGCGAAGCGUUGGAUCUGGAACGCACCAGCGAUUGGCCAUGAGCCGGCUGCAGAUGCUGGAGCAGCUGGUACACACUCAGGGAAUCAGCACGGACAAGCAUAGUGGACUCACCUGCAGGGCGUUAUCCGAGUGUGGCUGCUCUGGCAUCCAUCAUCCCGCAGAGCCUGUGCGAAAGGUCGCUGAACGUAUUCUUUUACUUGUCUACAAGGUUAAUCCUCGACUGGUGCGUAAACAGCUGCCUCCAGAUGACGACAUUACUCGCCGCAAUCUCUUGUACCGUCAACUCUUCACCGAGUUCGAUAAGUUGGAUCUGGACCGCAAGCAGGAGUUGCUAGAGGCCAAUAAAUACGGAGGUGGUCACAGCUCGGGAGAUGCAGCCACGCCGCCAGCGGCGUCAACCAGCUCGGAUGCGCCUCGGUUGAUGAACAGCCGCAGUGCACAUGGUUUGGUCCCAGCGACAAGCUCCAAUAAUGGAUAUGCGAGCUGCAAUGGAAAACAGCAGUACAACGAGCAGCUGAAGCGAUCCAUGCUUUCUGUCUCCAACUCGCGCAAGGGGUCCGCUUCAAACUCGGAGUCCACCGAAGAUAACACACCCAAAAUACGUUGUCCCUUUUGUGACUGGUCUUGUGUUGGCAGUGAUGCUAGUCAGUUGGACCGACACUACUGGAAGGCCUGCCCAUUCCUCACCAAGUGCCCACAAUGUAGUCAAGUGCUGGAGGUGGCUGCCCUAAACUAUCACCUAACUACGGAAUGCGAUGCCAAGGAGAGCUAUGUGGUGUGUGCCCGCUGCACUGAAUCUGUGCACAAGCAGUUAUAUGAACUGCACCAGAUGGAGGACUAUUGUCGAGAACUGAAAACGGGAGCGGCUAGAUGUCCCCUCUGUCAUGACGAUGUACAUCUGCCCCAGGAUGGCGGCUGGAAACUGCAUCUCCUCAGCGCCGGCGGUUGUCCCGGGAACAUACGCAAAAAGAAUCUCAAAAAGUCAAAUUAGGCAUCUUAAAAUUAACCGAUCUAUUGGCAUGCGUAGCGAAUUUAUUAGAGCAACUAUACUAGUCAGGAGGCCUACUUUAAUGAGCUAAAUCAAUGCAGCCGCAGUAGACCUAAUCAUUUAGUUAAUUAAAUCAAUUUGUUUC